AUGAACCGAGGUUCAAAUACACCUUUGGUUCCUGCAUUCGAAGACCCGGAAUCCGCUCUUAGGAAGAACAAGGAUAAAGCCGUUGAAGACACUAACCCGCCAAAGGAAUCACCUUUCAAAGACCUUAAAUCAGUCUUUGGGAAGAAGAAAAGCAAGAAAGUAGAAAUUUUGAAGAAAGCCAGAGCAAAUUUUGAGCAACAAGAUGAAGAGUCACUUUAUGAGGCAUGGGAGAGAUACAAAGGCUUACUAAGGAAUUGCCCACAUCAUGAUCUAAACAGUCAACAAGAAGUCUCCAUUUUCUAUGAUGGAAUGAAUGUGACAACUAGGCAGCUCCUUGAUUCACAAGGACCACUCACAAAGAAACCACCGCCGGUGUUAAAAGAGCUAAUUGAAGAAUUAUCUAAACACUCUAGAGAAUAUCAUAACCUAAGGAAUGACUCAACUCGAGGGAUGGUGAAUGCUAUUUCGGAUGAAAUGGCAACAAUGAUGAAAAAAUUGGAAAGCAUGGAUCGAAGAAUGACUAUGAUGGACCAAUCCAUCCAUGCCAUUAGAGUAGGAUUUGAAAACUGUAGAGGGUCUCACCUUACUAAAGAUUGUGACCUUGAAGAGAACGGGAACCAGAAAGUACAAGCGUAUUACUCAAGCGGUGGUAGGUAUGAUGAUGAUUGGCGCAAACCCAAGAAAGAAUGGCUACCAUGUGAUGAGUACAAGAAGGCAAAUAGGAAAAGUAUAAGCAAAAAGCAAGGGGUAUUUUAUCAAAAAGAGGAGCUGGUGCAUGAAAAGAAGUCAGACUUUGAAGAUAUGCUUACGAGAUUUGCAGUUGCAUCCGAGAAAAGGCACAACGAUACUGAUGCUGCAAUAAAGGAGCAACAAAACUUAAUGAAAGAGAACCAAAUAAUGAUGAAAGAUCAUGCAACAUUACAUAGGAAUCAGCAAGCUUCUAUUCUCAACAUUGAAAAACAGCUAGGACAACUUGCACAACAAAUAAAAGAGAGACGACUGGGUGGACUUCCUAGUAAUACCGAAAAUAAUCCAAAAAGCGCACAUAUAAACAUCAUGACAACUAGGAGUGGGAAGAUAAUUACUCCUCUGGCCCCUAUCUAG